AUGAAUCCAGGCGCCAAAUAUAUCAUCACCCACAGCUUCUGGCGCCACCAUUACGAUGUCAGCGCUCCAAAUAACACACACCUCUUCCACAUCGAAAACUCAGCCUUCACACCAGGAAAGCCGGACCUUACUUUACACCGCGGUUCCAACUCCCACGGGCCGGUCGUGGCAGUGUGUAAGUUCCGACACUUCUCCUCGGAUUGUGAGAUCGGUCUAGCGGACCCCACGCGGCCUGGCAAGAUGGAAUGGGGGGACCUGCACAAGAAAGGCUUUCUGGAGCGUUCAUACUCGUUCCGCAUGCGAAUGGACGAUGGCACCGAUAAGACUUUCAUCUGGAAGCGAACCCACUCCCUUGGCAAUGGUCAUGAAAACCAUAAGCUUGUCGAGGAGUCUAGCCAGACUGUCAUGGCGGUCUUUUCUGCUGGCAGUAUCUUUUCAAAAACCGCCGGUGACCUGGACAUCUACGUGAAUCCGAGCUCGCUUUUCAACCUGAUGGCGCUCAUCACGGGAAUUGCGGUGGUUGAGAAGACAAGACGCGGGAAAAACACCGGGGCGUCUGCAGGUGGUGGAGGAGGCGGGGGUGUUAAGCUGGGACUGGAGGUCUCGUUACAUUGA